AUGUCGCUUGUACUGGCUGUGAAUGCUGGCUCAUCGUCGCUAAAAAUUUCACUCUUCCGUCGUACUGCGGAUAAUGCUGCAAAUCCAGCAUUACUCCUAUCCUCGUCCACAUCAUCCAUAUUUGCCCCUCCGGCCAAGUUUAAGUUCAGUUUUGUCGCACCUCAACACAGGUCGUUGAACGAAGUAGUCGACUCAAUCCAUGAUCAUGCGUCGGCAUUUAGGCACUUCCUGGAUCGCCUCAAGGAAGAAGCGAGCAUCGACCCGAUUGACAUUAAGCACAUUGCACAUCGUGUGGUGCAUGGUGGCGACUACAUAAGCCCUGUUAUAAUAUCUGAAGAAUCCUAUCACCACAUCAAAAGACUGUCCGACCUUGCUCCUUUACACAAUGGGUCUGCUCUUUCCGUCAUCGAGUCAGCCAUUAAGGCCCUUCCGCACGCGAAAUCCAUCGCAUUUUUUGAUAGUGCAUUCCACAAAGAUCUUCCGAUUCAUGUAGCUACCUAUGCGAUCAAUCAGCAAGUAGCGCAAGAGAGGGGGUUGAAGAAAUACGGCUUCCAUGGUUUAAGCUACGCGUUCAUCCUGCAGGCAGUAGCUGCGCAUCUCAACAAGGCUCCGGAUACCGUAAACAUAAUCGCUCUUCAUAUCGGUUCGGGGGCUUCCAUGUGCGCCAUCCGCAAUGGCCAGUCCAUCGAUACAAGUAUGGGGUUGACCCCACUCAGUGGACUGCCUGGAGCUACGCGCGCUGGUGAUAUAGACGGGAGCCUAAUUUUCCACUACACCAGUCGGUCUCCAGCGCGUAUGAGCCACGACCCUAGCAUUUCAAAGGAAGUUAAAGUGACAGAAGCUGAGGACAUCCUUAACUUCAAGUCAGGUUGGAAGGCACUCACCGGUACAGCCGACUUCAAAGAGAUCACGGAGAAGGCAGAUAUGGGUACACUUUCUGAUGCCACAGACCCAAAUACGCUCGCAUUCCGCAUCAUGUUAGAUCGCAUACUCCAUUUUGCCGGGGCAUAUCACCUGGCUCUCCACGGAGAUGUUGAUGCUCUGGUUUUUGCAGGAGGCGUGGGAGAACGAAGCGCCGAGUUGAGACGUGCUGUCGGAGAAGCUGCCGCGUGCCUCGGGUUCGCGGUGAUCGACGAGACGAAGAACGGUCAAGUGAAUGAUGAGGAAGGUAUCAUUGUAGAUAUCGGGAGCGGUGACGGGAGAAAGAGGAUGCUAGUUUGUCACACUGAUGAGCAGCUCGAAAUGGCAAGAGAGUGUUCUCUGGCCAAUGAAUUCUGGGUUUAG